GUAAUCAGUUGGAUUGGAAUUACGCUGCAGGAAAAUCGUGCAAAGGUCUUCUUUAGGGUCAUCAUGCAUGCUAAUUUAAGCAACAGUGAGUAAUUUUUGCAUUAGCUUUAUGGAUCGGCUUCAUUCAGAGGCAGCAAAUGAUGGCACUGUUCCUUUAAAUGGAGGGGGGCAGAGGGAGAGAAAACAGGGAGAGGGAGAGAGAGACGUAGUAGAAAAACGGGGGUCGGUGUGUGCGCUGUCUGCUCUCUGUCUCGGAGAGGUGUGUAGGAUUAGCUGGAUUUUACUGAAGAAAGAAAGAAAAAGAAAGAAAGAAAGAAAAUAAGAACUUGCAGCACAUAGUUUGAGGAUUUUACUGAAGAUGUUGAAAGUAUUUUAAGGAGGCUUCCUUAAGGACAUGCUGGACAUGUAUGGAAACAAACAGACGAUGUCACUGACUGCUGAUGGUGGACACAGUGCUUUUUAAGGACUCACAGUUACAGGAUUUUGAAACUUCUGCUUUGUUUGAGACUUUUUUUCCCUGAUUUAAAGUGACUUUUUCAGACGAAUCUGUGCAUCUCCCACAUAUGUUCCUGAAGACAAUUGCUCUCCUGAGACGUGGAUAUGUGUGAACAUUUGUUAAGCUGACUUUAAAAAUAUAUCUCAUCUCAAAUAAAAUUAAAUAUGCAUUGCUUUUCUAUAAAGAGUUUAACCGUUUUUGCCACAAAUUCACAUUUCUAGCUUGUUGAUGCUCCUGUUUAUUUGCCAGUGAAUGUGUCAUAACUGUGAGUGGAGAGCCAGCUGAUGACAUGAACUGAUGAAUAUUUAGCUAAUCCUCUGUGGAUACAACUAUUUUUCACAUUUAUUUUGCCCUCAUCUAAAUCAUAAUCCAGGGGAAACAAAUCUCACCUGCUUACCUGAAGCUGCUUUUAAUCAAAAGAGAAAAGAGAGAUGGCACAGAAAGACGGAGGAACGGAGCAGGGGCGUGUCAAAACAGAUGAUAAUCUGGGGGCUAAAGCCAUGUCCGGGGGCCCUACAGCAGGUGGAGGAGUGGUGGUGGAGGUCAGGGAGAAGAAAGGCCCCCUGAGAGCUGCAAUUCCCACAAUGCCUUUCCCUUUGGCGGUCAUCUGUCUCUUUCUGAAUACCUUCAUACCUGGACUUGGCAGACAGACAGGCGCUCUGCAGGUGGGAUUGAGCGCCUGUAGUUGGUGUCUAGGCAGGCGAUGCUUGGACCAACGCGGGACAGCAGCUCCUCAAACUGGGCAAGGGAAAGACGGUGGUACCGCUGAAAGCGGCCGUCAUCCAGGCACAGCUCCUGGAGCAAGUGGUGAAACUCACCAAACUGCUCACGCUUGUGGAGGACCUGAUGGACCAAGGUAUGGCGAGGACGUCCUUUACGCCGCUGCUCUGCUCUCCACAGCAAAUAGAGAAGGGAGACUCUCCCUUCAAACGCUAGAUCGACAGCUGCCAUCUUGCAAACAUACCGUCUGGCACUACUUCCUCCCACAUUUCCGCUUCACGUGCGUGAAAAUUGCAUAUUUUGAAGCGCGACCAAUUCGCGUUAGUCGCACGUCGAGGUGCAAAUGUUCACGCGACCAGCUAGGGGCGUCUGGCGCUUUUUGGUCGCACCUAUCGCGUUCGGUGUGAACGCACCUUAAGGACAUCUCCUGGCUUCAUCUUCAUGUUUCCCUCUCACCACAUAAACUCCAUGUCAUGCUGUGGCUCCAGC